UUCUAGUUUCUUCACGAUGAAUCAAGCUGCCUUGGUGAAAGAUCAGUUACUCAGUCAGGGAGCGAAUCACUUUGUGAUUCUUUCUCCUAUAGGGACCGUUUUAGAGCACGGCGGUGACUUUGACAACCCGAUGAAGCAACGUCUGGCACAUGCGAUCAUUCAGAAAUGCGCGCAUCUUUUGGAACCUGGCGAGUCGUUUAAACGCGUUAGCAUGACGAUGGAAGAGGUUGUUUACACGGCGACAACGGUAUCAGACGGGCAGGGCGGAACCCUUGGGAUUCUUGUGAAACGCCCAGCAAGCGUGGCGUUGGCUACUGAUCAAUAA